CCACUCCCACCAGGUCAUGCAGAACGCUGAAGCAGGACCUUCCACAGCCAUCGACCCCGUCCUACGGCCAGGAUCUGAUGACUCUGAGGCAGACGCGGAUAUAGAUGCAGAUGCAGCAUCUCUUCGUCCCCUACUCAACACGCUCUUUUACUCCGUCGAGUACCCGGGAUAUGUGAAGCCGACCUCGGUCCCUUUGGCAGUGGAACGCCUUGGGGGGCAAGCAAACCUGGAGGCUGCGUUCAAGCGUACAGGAAAUAAAAGUGGGUCUAUCCUGGAGCUGAACUUGCGCCCUGGCAAUCACUUUGCGCAUCCUAUUCCUGGGGAUGUCGUUCCGACCAAUAACAUCCUCCUAAAGGUUGUCAAGCGGAGACGGAAACAGAAGAACGCUGCCGUAGGAGAUGUUACUGGAGACUACACUGUACAAGCUGCGGGUGUCAUCCCGAAGACAGCGCGGUUCCGAAGUAUGGCAGAUUACCAGUACCAACCUGAUACGAAUGAGCCCGUGACGCAGCUACGCGAUGCAAUGGGUCGCAUGGACGUUGAUAGUAUCCUUGCAUACCGUAUACCGGAGGAGAAAGAGGACUACACUAUGGUUGAAGAGACGACGCCUAUGGAAGCGGAUAUGGAUCCACACAUAGAUCCCCAGCUUGUCGGCUCUUCACCGAAGGCGACAGGUUCAGGAGUGAAGAGUAACCUGAGACUGCCGCCUCCACCGCUCUUCAGCAGGCAGGCAGUCCCACACCUCUACAAGUUGAGUCAUUAUGGCAUCUACAAGGCAAACCCAGCCUCAAUCGAGGUCAGUGUGGUUGACGAAGCGACGGGAGAAGUGAAGCAGAGGCUUCUCAACCGUAUGCGUUGGAAGGGCAUAGGGUCAACCGCCAUCGACUUUUCGGAUAAGAAUGUUCCAGAGAGAGCGUCUGAUGUUGUCGAGCAGCACCGUUCGCAAGCUGACCUUAAGCUACUCGAACGUCUUGAGAAGUUCUUCAAGGAGCGCCCCAUUUGGUCGCGUGCUGCUCUGUUCAAUCAACUAGAACCACACGAAGUCCGUGAGAUCAUCAAUUCGAAGUUCCUCCUUCCCUUGGUCAGCUACGUGUUCAACGACGGUCCCUGGCGCGAUACACAAAUUCGACUCAAGUACGACCCCCGAACAGACCCAGAAGCCCGCUUCUACCAAAGGGUAUAUUUCCGGAACACGAGCCACCAGAUGCAACGUCCUUCUGUCACCGCUCGUCGACAGGAAGGACGAGGUGACGGAAUACGUACCCGUGAGGGUGACGACAAUAAGAGGUCCCACAUUUUCGACGGCAAGACCUCACAUGGUGAGACGGCGGCGUUUCAGCUAUGUGAUCUGCAAGACGAACUCCUGAAGGAGAUGGUCGAGAACGAGGGCGACCUGCGGGAGAUCUGCGACGAGCGCACUGGUUGGUUCUCAACGCAGGCAUUCGAAAAGAUUAAGACUGUCCUGAGGUACAAAUGGAAUUCGCUGCAGAUGGGGUACGUACCUACUCGUGAAGAAUGCGAGAGGCAACUGGCCGCACCGGAGCACAAGCCGUUCUACGGGUCGAGACCUACAAAGCACAACAUGGCGAAGGGUGCACAGAGGCCGGAGGACGAGAUGGCGAGAAGAUUGCGAGCGCGGGCGAAAGAGCAUGCAAAGGGUGGCUCCGCAGGGUCGUAGCACACGUCCGUAGCACUGCCCAUUGUACUAUCCGCAAUAUAGAGUAUUUUGCACGUAUUUUUGGCAUUUUAUACGCAUUGAUCGUAGGCGUCAGAUGGAGCGCAUAGUGAUACAUAUAUAGCGCGAGUAUGUAUCGCGUCGCGGCGAGCUAUCUUUUCGUACGAUCGCUAGCUCCCUCUCGACUACGCGUCCCAUACACUGCUCGGAGCAGGGAGGAAAGGCGGGUGAUUGGAUGGGCGAGGGAAAUUAUUCCUUCUGCUCCAGGCGAGCCUUGCGCUGUGAUACGCAUCAUUUAUAAGUUUCGAGGUAUUCCUGAAAAGGCCACUGCGACGCACCGAACCAGCAAGAGCGUACCGCUGGUUGCGACGGAACUGUCCCAGUAGUUAAGUCCUCCGUUCUUACUUCCUUCUGAUAACUAAGCUAGCGUACCUUGGGAUCAACCUACACGGAUCGCAUUUUCAGUAUUCACGACACUAUGAACAGUAUAUUUCAGUAGAUUAAACGUACACCCUUCAGAGACAAGGUCCUGUGGCUCUUUGGCGUCUUGAUACCAUUGCGGUGAGCCUUCUUGUUUUGGUUGUGGUUGGUGUGGCUGCCGGAUGCGAACGCAGGAAAAGGUCAAACUUUCAGCAUUUUAUCCUUCAGCCAGCAUUCGGGCAUGGUCACGCACUUCUUGGACUUGGCCAUGGCGACGUCGAGGGGGGUCUUGAGGGCGUGGGCUCGCUACUUGCCGAGCUGUACCGUGACGGCUCUACCGCGCAUCGGCGCUUAGUGAGCGAUUGGUGG